AUGCUCCUGGACCCACUUCCAGCAGAACUUGUCCUUCACGUCCUCUCCUUUCUACCAUUAUCGAGUCUCGCCUCCAUUCGCGCAGCAUCAUGCGAAUGGCAAGAGUUUUUCGUUACCCAUGAGGCCGUCAUAUACAACCAAGCCGCGUUCUUUCAUGGAUUCACCGACCAACGAACACCCGUUCUCGACAUCGACGCCGUGAAAUGGGAUUACUCGUACAGAGUCGUACCGGAAGACGAACUUGACUGGGUGGAGCUCUGCAAGCGAAGGAUUCGCGUAGGGGAUGCUUGGAAGGGCCUCGCACCGUCGACGGUGAGCCAUAUCAAGAUGAAGCUCCCGAGAGGGCCAAGCAUCAUGACGCCGUAUCAUGUGGCAGUCGAUGAGGACAGGGGGUUCGCACUGGUCACUUGCCGGGAGCGAGGUCUCCAUCUCCUGGACAUUGAUACAGGUGAUAUUUUAUGGGGCUUACGUGGGUGGCAUGUUGCUGAAUGUGUCGGGUUUGAAUAUUCCGAUGGCUUCUUCGUCCUGGAACGUUCUGAAGAUACGUACGAAGUCUGGCGCCUUCAAGAGCUUGGCCCGCCUCCUCCAGAGAUCGAGCUCGAUCCAAAUUCAGCCCCAGACGAGCAACAGAUCCAGGAAUCGCGGUGGGGUGUGGCCGGGGCUGUAAAUACCCAGUACAAUUACCCUCGGUCAGUCGACCAGGACAUGGUCGACAACCUCCGCGUGGCAUUCGAGCCACAUGCCCUCUUGCACGUUCCAGAGCCCGUAAACGCGUUCAAAUUCGUCUACCCAACUCUUGUCACGUCAGCAAAGGAGCGCGCAUAUGUUUGGGACGUGUGCACAGGGCGUGUGGUCGAGGUCAUCGAGAACCUCCAGGAGAAGACGGACUUGGGCGAUGAGCACCCCGCACCAGUAGUUGAACCCAUGCCGCAGCUGGAAUUGGAAGACCCGGUGGCGAUUCAGCAGGGCAUCUUCAACGGUGUACCGGGGUUCCUUGUGAUAUUACAGCCUUUGCCUCAAGACGAGAACGAGUCGCCACCGCCGCCAUCUGCUGAGUUGUUUUUCGGUCCGGUGGAGGAGGUUGAGCACACCGACGAGCAUGUGUUCUUAAUGGGAAGGCAUCUUCUAAAGGUGUUUGCGCGAGCCGUGCCCGAGCUACGCGACCUUUCUGGAACGUCCUCUCCGAAUGCGGAUGACGAGACUGCCCACCCAGGAGAGCUGGUGCUCGAGAUUCCGUCUUUCAAAAUGCAUUUCGGGAGGUGGCGGUACGCGGUCAAGCCACGUAGUGGGCUAUGGGAGGAAGGUUCGGCGCUUGUCCAUUACGAUCUCGACACGGAGCAGAGGGAAUGUGAGCCACGGAAGCGGAAUGUAGAUGAAUCAUUUAUUGAAGUUCACUCGUCUCCUGGUGGAUCGCACUUCGCCGCUCUGCUGUCUGGCAGCCGUCUAAUCGUUGUGCCACAUUUUGAGAAGUUACUCCACGAAAACCAUGCAGCAAGUCCGCAUGAGAAAGAAGAAGCCCUGCAUAACGCGACUCUGGAAAUUCGUCUCGGCUCUCCACGGUUGGGAGAAAGCAUGACCAUGGCGUAUCUCUGGGGUGAUGGAGGCGAAGGGAGGAUUGCGGUUGUCACAACGAACGCCAUCUUCGUGAUUACUCUCCCUUGCUUCCCGCGAGCCCAGAAAUCGUUCGACACGCCUCCAGCGAUCCGCAUCGCCCGCGUGAAAGAUUUGAUGGACCCUGUCUGUUUGAGUAGCGUCUCGUACAUCACGCUCUCAGACACGGGGUUGUUCGUCAACUACGAACCAAGGACGGAUACUAACGACACUACCGCAAACGCUGAAACAGUCGAUGAGAACGUGGCAGCAAAUGGUGUGGCGAACAACAAUGCUGAGAAUAGCGAGGCCGGGGCCGAGGCUCUGAGGAAGUGGGAGGAGAAGUUCGAGGAAUCCUUGGAGGAUUUAGACAGGUUUUGGGAAGAGCAAGCUGCAGACCAAGAUUGCCAGGAUGUCUUUCUGAACCCUGAACGUCCUCCUUUCCGUCCGACAUUUUUGAGGAUGCACGCCAUCAACUUCUUGCCUUCGCUUCGUCCGGAUGAUUGA